AAGUUUCACUUUCCUUUCCUCAGAAAAGUAUCCUACACUCGUGUUUGUAUUAUCCUCUAUCCUUUUGCAGCUGUUAUUCGCCACGUAGCCUAUAGGCUACUGCAGCGGUUAUCAUGCCGAAUCUCACUGAAGCAAAAAUAAGACCAGCCAGCUUUUCAUUUGCUUCGGCCCAAGAAGUUGAAGAUCAAGUUCCUGCAGCUAAACCGGCUUUUGCAAUUGCAGAGGACGUCAUAAGUCGUUUAAACCUUUGUUCAAACGUCAGUUCAACGGAGAAAGAAAAUAACACACCUUCAUAUACGUUUCCUGCACCUCAACCUAAGUUGGAAUCUCAAUGGAGAGAAAUGGAGUGGACAGAUGAGCAAAAGGCGAGUCUGAUGAAGACUGUCAGCUCCUACAGGCCGAGCUGUCACGAGGGGACUCAGGCUCGAGUUCUCCUCCUGGGUCCGGUCGGUUCUGGAAAGUCCAGCUUCAUCAGUUCAGUCCAGUCUGUGUUUAAUGGAAGAGUCACCAACCGGGCCAUGGUGGGCACCUCUUCCACCAGCUUCACCAAGAAGCUGCAGUCCUUCAACAUCCAUGGUCAGAAAGGAGAGGAUCCUACUGGACUGGUGCUGUGUGAUAUCGUGGGUUUGGGGGGCGGAGAGAUGACUGCACUGACCCUCCAUGACAUCCUGUCUGUCAUUAAAGGUCAUGCACCAGAGGGGCACAAAUUUAGCGCAGAUCAACCAGUGCGGUCUGAGACUGUGGGCUAUAUAAAGAAGCCAGGUCUCAAAGACAAGAUCCAUUGUGUUGCCUUUGUGGUAGAUGCCUCUAAAAUCCUGACCUACCCCAAAGGCCUCGGCACCACCUUCAGGCUGCUCCGAAAGCACAUCAGUGACCUGGACAUUCACCAGGUGGCCCUGCUGACCCAGAUAGACCAAAUUUGUCCAGAAACGGCCAAAGAUGUCACCCAGGUUUACAAGAGCCGCAUCAUUCAGGACAUGAUGAAUAAAGCUGGGGAUCUGUUGGGUAUGUCCACCUCCUACAUUGUCCCGGUGAAGAACUACUCAUCAGAGCUGAAGCUGAACGUGAACAACGAUGUGCUUCUGCUUAGAGCUGUGGACCACAUCCUGCAGUAUACUGACCUGUAUUUCCAGGACAAUGCACCACAACACACAGGGCCAAAGAACGAUUUGGGGAUUUAGCGUGUAGCAUUUAAAAAGUGUCGGAGCAACUUUAAGCUGUUUUUUCAAAGCUACAGAAUGUAAGUGCUACAUGUAAUAGAUCAUGUAACAUAUAACACUCAUUAUGUCUUUAAAUAAAACUGAAUAUAAUCAGAAA